GGAGGGGCUUCUUACAGGCAUCAGAGGGUAAGAGAACACCAGGAUGGAGUCAUAUCCUCCGUCCCCUGAAAUCUUUUCUGGGAUAUUUUUCAAUUAAGUUUCACCUGAAAUUAACCUCACAUACCUGAACUAGGAACUUAAAAAAAAAUUCUAUUAAGAGUUUAUUAUAAAUUUGUUCCACAGGCCACAAGGAAAUAAAAGGACUCUGUACAGCCUUACAGGAAACAGGCAGGGAGCUGAGGAAGGCCAACAUGAAUCUUGGGCCUUGGGUCAUGCUGGGGCAGCCCGGCACCUGACAAGUGAGGAGAACCUGCCAGGGGAUUACUGCUAGCAGGAGCUAACAGCAAGACGGCAGGACAGCAGAACGGCUGGCCUCUGGGGAGCGGGGAUGGGCAGAGCAGCCUCUUAGUCAAGGCCAGCAGCACCAGGAAGGAGGCCUGGGCCCUGGCUGGGAGCUUGGCACACACUCUGCUGACCCAGAUGACCCAGACUUCGUUCAAAGCAGCACCCUGCUGAGCAGCAGCUGUGCUCAGGCCCCAGAGGACUCCAUUGCAGCAGGAGCUCUACAACGCCUUAUAAAACUGCAGUUGGGGCUGUGACCAUCUGGAGAAGGGGCCUAUACUUCGAUGGGAAGCAGAAGGACAGAACCUAAUGCAAGGAGGAUCUUGGUCUCUGCAGCACAGUUUUGUGACACCCACAGAGCAUCCUGGUUUCUUCUCUCAGGGUUGGGGCCUGGCUCCCUUCCCCUGGCAGAGGGGUUGGGCCAGGGAGACCAUCUGAGGGGUGGAUGCCUCUUGCAUGGAAUCAAGGCUGCUCGAAGCCCACAUGUUCUCUGUUGUGAUUGGGGUUCAAGGGCUUCCCUGCUGCAGGGGACGAGGGGCUGCCUCAGCAUCUGCUCAUGAACCACAAGGACCCCAACUUCUCCAGACUGGACCAUUUCAAGCCACCAAAGAGGGGGGUCCCCAGAGCUGGCAGCCUGCAACCCCAAUGGACUAGACAGCUGGGAUGGACUGACCUUCCUCUUGUCAGGGCAGCGGGAGAGGCAGAGCAUCUGUGGCCCAGCUAGUGACAGAGAGACCCAAUGAAGCCAGAAGCAGGAGCCCAAGUGGCUCAGGGACAGGGGAGCCACUCCUGCCCACGUGCUUUCUCCUUAGCUUGAGAGAGAGCGUGGCCUGGGACCCCUGCUGCUGUCCCCUCUGCAGCACACGCCUUUAUGCCCCAGAAUAGGCAGGCUACGCUGUGGCUGGCCUGCUAGUAGGCUGGGGAAGGAGUGGCCACAGUGAUACCCGGCUACCCGCCGGGCUGGUGGCCCAGCCUCCCAGGGCUUCGCACCAUGAAGUGCUCCCUGCGGGUGUGGUUCCUCUCCGUGGCCUUCCUGCUGGUGUUCAUCAUGUCACUGCUUUUCACGUACUCGCACCACAGCAUGUCCACCCUGCCCUAUCUGGACUCGGGGAACCUGGGGGGCACCCACCGGGUGAAGCUGGUGCCUGGCUAUGCUGGCCUGCAGCGCCUCAGCAAAGAGGGGCUCAGUGGCAAGAGCUGUGCCUGCCGCCACUGCAUGGGCGACGCCGGUGCCUCUGACUGGUUUGACAGCCACUUCGACAGCAACAUUUCCCCUGUAUGGACCCGAGAGAACAUGGAUCUGCCCCCUGAUGUCCAGAGGUGGUGGAUGAUGUUGCAGCCCCAGUUCAAGUCACACAACACUAAUGAGGUGCUGGAGAAGCUGUUCCAGAUAGUACCAGGCGAGAACCCCUACCGUUUCCGGGACCCCCAGCAGUGCCGGCGCUGUGCAGUGGUGGGGAACUCCGGCAACCUGCGGGGCUCUGGCUACGGGCCAGAUGUGGACGGGCACAACUUCAUCAUGAGAAUGAAUCAGGCCCCAACUGUGGGCUUUGAGCAAGAUGUUGGCAGCCGAACCACCCACCACUUCAUGUACCCUGAGAGUGCCAAGAACCUGCCUGCCAACGUCAGCUUUGUGUUGGUGCCCUUCAAGGCCCUGGACCUGUUGUGGAUCGCCAGCGCUCUGUCCACAGGGCAGAUUCGAUUUACCUAUGCCCCAGUGAAGUCCUUUCUUCGAGUAGACAAAGAAAAGGUCCAGAUCUACAACCCAGCCUUCUUCAAGUACAUCCACGACAGGUGGACAGAGCAUCAUGGGCGGUACCCUUCUACAGGGAUGCUGGUGCUCUUCUUUGCCCUGCAUGUGUGUGAUGAGGUGAACGUGUACGGGUUCGGGGCCGACAGCCGAGGCAACUGGCACCACUACUGGGAGAAUAACCGGUAUGCGGGCGAGUUCCGGAAGACCGGCGUGCACGACGCCGACUUCGAGGCCCACAUCAUCGACAUGCUGGCCAAGGCCAGCAAGAUCGAGGUCUAUCGAGGCAACUGAGAAAGGUCUGGCCGCGACUCUUUAGGCCCGGCCGCCAGGCGCCGGUGCGCAGCCCGCCGGGGGACUCCAGGCCAGCCCCAUGGCGGACGCCUCCGCAGGAGCGCGGCGCCUAAUCCCGGGCGACACCCGGCCGCGGUCUGGACCAAUCAUGCUGCAGCCCAGCGAGCGCCGGCUGUCUCCUGCCAAUCACAAGACUAGGGGCCUGGCACCAAUCAACGCUGCGGUAGGGCGGAGCCUAUGUUUAUCUCAACCAAUCAUGCGGUUUAACGAGUCAACUUCCGGCACUGGGCCCCGUCUCCUCCAAUCAAUGGCCUUCGGAGGCGAACCGGCUGUGUCUAUCCCCACUCCCCUAGGCUCUUGGGUAGGAUUUUGUUUCACGCUUGUUAAAGAGUAGAGGUGGCUUCUGUCCUCGAAGAAGUGUUUUCCUCAGGCUUGGUCGGAGCUGUCACAGGCGCUUGCGGGCCUGACCCGGCAAGGACGCCGAGAAGGAAACGGAGGGGAGGGCCGGGUCACGGCGGCUCGGCCUCCCCUCCGCGGGAGUCCCUUGUGGCCUCGGGGUGUUCGAGGGGCGGGCCAGGUGGUUUCCAGGGAGCGCUCUUCCAACCCAGAGGAAAAGCCAGAGCUCUCCCAAAAGGCUCCGGGCCUCCGAGAGAAUUUUAGACCCUACAUUUCUCUUAUCGUUUAGGCUGAGAUGGGUGUCAACCCACCAAAGAAAUGCAGUGAGAAUCCAGAGGGCGCGUGAGUCCCCUCAUCCUCCCUCCCCCCCUCCCCGCCUUUGGCCACCCUAUGGAAUGGCCUUUCUGACCAGGGCAUUUAGUAUCUCACCAGAAAACGAAUCGUGUUCACCCUUUGAUUGGGGGCAGAAUUCGCCUAAGGCCGAACUCUGGAACAGGUGUAAGGAACUGGGCAGGGGACAAGGAAGCCCCCUCACAUCAAAUGUAAGGUGCUUCUCACUCACGUGUAUCCUUGGCCCCUACUUUGCGCUACAACCUUGAGUGUCUCCUUAGGCCCUGGGCCUCCUCACCAGCCUACUUGCUCUGGAAAAAGAAAUCAAAACUUGCCCUGGGAUUGAUUGGGGCGUUGCUGCUUUUCUCUUUCAGUCUCUCUGAGUCUCCCUCCCUUCCUCCUCCUCUCCCUCACACACACAAACACACACACGUCUUUGGCUGGCUCAAGGGAGAGGGAGCAUCAGGUGGGAAAGAAGGCUGGAGAUGGGGAGCCCAGCUGCCUGGUGCAUGCACCUUCUUCCUUCACAUAUCACCCCAAAGAGGAGUAGGAAACCUCUUGCUUGGGGGUGGAAUUUGCUUUGGGCUCAUAAUUUAGUUAACCUGAAAUUACCAGGUAUGGCUGACCAACAAAGAUUCUUUAAAAAUUCUAAGCUGGCCGUGGAAAUUGCUGGGAGCCUAGCUGGGGAGGAGUAGACUUGCCCCUCUGCAUGCCUCCUCCCCUGCCCAUGGGUCUCCUCCCCCACGCUCACCUCCUGCCUUCUUGCUCUAACUCACUUUUCACUUCCAGCUCUGGAAUGGGCUGGGAAGCUAACCACCACUAAGGGAUUACAACUGGAAGCUACUUGCACGUCUGAAUCCAGCUUAAGUCCCUAGAGGAAGUUGCCGAUGGUCUUCACCCUUAAAGGUUAGGGAAGCUUAGGAGGGGAAAAGAGCUUCUGUGAAGCUUCCAAACCACUAAGAGGAACCCCCUAUCCAGCAGUGACAACACAAAUAUCACCCAUUUUCUUAGUGAGUUGGUACCACCAAGCAGCCUCCUGGCCAUUGGUGUAGUUCCUGCAGCUGGCUGAGGGAAUAGUAACCAGGGGGGUAUUAGAGGAGGGUUGGGGCUGGGCAGUGGGUGCCCCCAAAGGUUAAUAUAUUGAGAAUUUAGCUUGAGUUUGUACCUUCCUAAUUCCAAAAGUAGGUGGAAUAAAGAAUGGGGGUGGAUUUGGGCGGGCCUUUGUUGAAUUGCCUCUCAGGGCCUCCUCCCACCAUUCUAGAGAGCUAAGGCACCAGCCAUUCUUGCCCGCCUCAUCUCAAUGCUUCCUGAAGUGGCUGUUUUGAGUGUUUAGAAGAUGACAAAAACAAUGCAAUUAUGCCAAACAGUAUUGAGCAGAAUAAUUUAUUUCUUUUUUGUUGUUGUUCCUUUUUUUUUGUUUAAAACAAUAAAUACCCAUUCUGGAAGAGGUAGGUCCCAGCAUCCAGCCCAGAUCUCCUUUUCUGCAAUAGUUAUUUAAACAAACUUUUUAUUUCCUUCCCUUUCUCUGUUUCUGAAUUAAAAAGAAAAAAACAUUA